AAGGAGAUCGGCGUGGUGGACAGAGUGGAGGAGAGUGGGAGAGUGAUAGCCAGACCAAGUGCGAGCGAUCGAAGUGAAGGUAGAACGAGAGAAGACCGUGCACGCAACCUGUGCACAUUCUGUCAGUGCUGGGUAUACAAAUACCGAUGGUAGAAGAGGCAAUCUUUGGCCUCUCAACGAGUAACGCGAGGAACGGCCCGCGAUCGCCGUCCACUCACGAUCUUCCGCGAGUCUUCCUCGAGAUCGCGAUGCCGGCAGUCGGCGACAUUUAAGCCAGCAGCGAUCGGCACCGACUGGAACCGGAUCGACUGCGCAGGAGCUUUGGAGAAGUACGGACGAAACUCGACGCUUCGUGACGUUUUCGAGUGGCAAGGUGUGCUAUGCCGAUUCGCGUCAUCGACAUCAUCGCGGUGUAACGGACACGCACAAGGUUUCAGAAUCGACGUGACCGGCGCGCGCCUCGUCGCGUCGCGUUCGCGCUUCCGGGACGACAGCAUCGCGAAGGCAGAAUGAAGCUCGACCUCUUCGUCACGUGCGUCACGAUUCUGCCGGCAAUAUUGAUUACGUCGACGUGGGAGAUAAACGUCCCUACGGAAAACGCGAAGGCAACCGAGAACGGGAGCGAUUACGCCCGAGCCUUGGAGCUCUCGUUAUUGUUUUACGAAGCGCAGCGUUCUGGUAAGCUACCGAAGAACAACAGAAUUUCAUGGCGAGGCGAUUCUGCGUUGUAUGAUCGCGGCUCGAAUGGCGAGGAUCUAAUCGGAGGAUACUACGAUGCGGGUGAUUUUGUCAAGUUCGGCUUCACGAUGGCUUUCACAACGACACUUUUAGCCUGGGGAACGGUCAAUUGGCCAGAGGCUUAUGACGCCGCCGGUCAGCUGGACGAAAUUCGUAGAGCUAUUAAAUGGUCUACCGAUUACUUUAUCAAGUGUCACGUAAGCGAGAACGUGUUGUACGGACAAGUGGGAGAUUUUCCCAUCGAUCAUAUGUUUUGGGGAAGACCCGAGGAGCUGAACACCACCAGGCCUACCUACAAAAUUGAUGCAGAGCAUCCUGGUUCUGAUCUCGCCGGUGAAACGGCCGCCGCUCUCGCGGCCUCGAGCAUCGUCUUCAGCAUCGUCGAUCCCGAGUACAGUGCCAAAUGUCUCGAACACGCGAAGGGCCUGUAUAAAUUCGCUGAUGUUUAUCGCGGCCUUUAUCACGAGGCGAUACGCGGCGCUGAGCGAUAUUACGAGAGCACGGAUUACGGCGACGAGCUGGCAUGGGCCGCGAUAUGGCUCUUCAAGGCAACCGAUGAUACGAGGUACUUUGACGACGCGGUACAUCAUUAUCAGCACUUUCACCUCAAGGAACGACCGAACGCGUUCUUCUAUAACAAGAAAGUCGCCGGUAUCCAGGUGCUGCUGGCCGAACUGACGGGACAGUCCGAGUAUCAGAAUGCCACCCGCGCGUUCUGCGACUUCUCGGUGCGGCAGCAGAAACGCACACCGAAGGGUCUUCUGUUCAUUGAUAAAUUCGGUACUCUUUCUCACGCUGCUAAUGUUGCUUUCAUCUGCCUGGUAGCGGCGGACACCCCGGAGAUCGGCGACUCGCAGGAGUACCGCCAAUUCGCCAAGGAACAAAUCGACUACAUGCUGGGCGGAGCAGGAAGGAAUUACGUGGUCGGGUACGACAAAAAUUCACCGAAACAGCCGCACCAUGCAGCGUCCUCCUGCCCCGAUAGACCAGCGUCAUGCGGGUGGCAGGAAUUCAGCAAAAACGCGCCGAAUCCGCAGAUCCUCUACGGUGCUUUAGUCUCCGGCCCGGAUGAAGUAGAUUUGUUUAAAGAUUGUCGCGAGGAGUACGCUUACACGGAAGUAACGCUGGACUACAACGCUGGUUUCACCAGCGCGCUCGCCGGACUGCUGCAACUGCAAUUGAAGAGCGCAGUUAGAAAAUUGCCAGAAAACUAGUAACAGUUUUGACUGGCACGUAUAGACGAAUUUUUACGUAAAAACGAGGCUCACGCUGAUUCUUUGCGGAAUACAAAAGAAUUUUUUAAUAUAAAAUAUUCUUUUUAAUAUAAAAAUUGCAUUUUAAUGCAAUUUUACAAGACUUAUAAUAUUAAUUUUAUAUAUUAUGUUAGAAAUCCAGUUAUAUAUAUUAUAUAUAUAAAUUUUGUUUAUAUAUACAUAUUUUAUUGAUAUGCCACAACGCUGCGAUAAAACCAAGGGUGAUAUAAUUUCUUGAGUGCAUAAACCAAGAUAAUGCAAUUUUUUUAAACUAACUUACAUAGAAGAUUAUGUCGAAGAAAUUUAACGAUAUCAUGCCAACGUCAAGACAGCGUUCGCAUGUAAGCAAAACGGCGUUUUGUUUUAAAUAAUAGAGCUUAAUUAAUUCGCAGUCCGUCGGAAAGAUUACAACAAUUUCAAUGCGUUAGACAGAAUUGUCAAAACAUCGUGUCACUUUCCGUAAGAAUGAAAUAAAAAGUGCCUAGAUGGUCAUCGAUCGUAGACCUAGGUACGUGCGCGCACUGAGUUACAUACAAGUUGUACAAUAUCGAUCGCUCGAACAUAAACAAAAACAAGCGGCGAAACAGCUUUUAGAAAAAGUGACAAUGUGCAUAACGAACAAUACAUGAUAUUUCUCUUUCUGAUAAAUAUUUAAGCAUAAUGUUCUUUCUAGAAUUCUUAACAAUUUAUCAUUGAUAAGAUACCGUUGCUAUUAUUCUUAUCUCUGUUCUUAUAUUCGCUAGAAAUAUUUAAAUGACUGAACGAUUAAUUCGUUAUUAUUUCUCCGAUAUUAAGUGUGAUAAUUAUGCGAAACCUUGUUUCCGCAUGGACUGACUUAAGACAAAGCAUGGUGUGUUUUGUUAUACGACCAGGCUGUGCAUAGGUAUCUUGUCUCUUUAAUAGAUCGUAUUAAUGAUGUAUUAAUGAUGCAUGCGUCAUCAAAGAGGCAAGAGUUUCACGAAGUGAAAAUAUCGAUAUAAAUUCGCAGGAGAAACGCGAGACAACGCUCCAAGAAUUUGCGCUCUGUGAAUGUCCGAGUUUAAAAAAAAAAAAAAGAAAAUACAUAUGCGAAAAUAAAGCAAAACUUAUUAAGAA